AUGAUGUUGGAAGCGGGCAAGUCGUACCAGUGGUGUCUGUGUGGACGAUCUAAAUCACAGCCCCUGUGUGACGGAACACAUAAAGAUCAUUAUCUGAAAAUAACACAGAGGCCGAUAAGAUUCCAAGUAGAAAAAACCAAAGAAUACUGGAUGUGCAACUGUAAACAGACGAAAAAUAGACCUUUCUGUGACGGGACACACAAACAGAAAGAAAUACAGGAGGCGACUACCAUUAGACUUUAG